AUUAUUAUUAUUAUUAUUAUAUAUUUUUGUAUAUGUGUGUGUGGACGGACGAAAGCCGUCCGACAUUAUUGUUUAUUGUUUGAGACCGGCGAAAAGCCGGUCUCGUAAAGUGUAGCCCGUGGGAAUGUGGCUGGAGCCUUAAUAAGGUAAUUGUUUAAUGGGUAAUUAAGGCUCAGUAUAAAAGACCCACUCCAGGCUCAGAGUUGGGAGUUGUGAGGAGAGUGAUUUUGUUUACAUUUUUAUUUUAUAUUUAAUUAAUAAAAUACGAGCGCUGCAGCCCCUUUUUUCCCCAUACAUUUAUUGUUAUUGUUUCAUUUCCUGGUCUGAUGUCACCACCCACACGCACCACUCAAGCCAUCUGUCACACUGCACUACAGAAUAUUUCAUGGGAUACUAACUGCAGUACAGGCCUAAGCAGGCUGUAACAUGCCAUGGUGUUUACAGUCAGACGGAACCUGUAAGGCCGGUUUAAGUAACUGGUUAACUGGGAGCAAACUGGCAGUGUUUUUAGUCAUUGCGGGUGUUUUCCCUGUCAAUUUAAGCCAUUGUAUUUUAUGGUAGUUCACUGGCUUGUUUUAGGUUGAGAACUUGGUUGCUAGACAGAUACAUGCAGGCGUUCUGAUGCCAACUGGCAAUUUGAACAGUCCAUGCAGUGGAGUGUUGCAGGACAGGGGUUGUAUGCUCUGGUCUGUUUCUGUACACCCCUGCACACUUUAAUGCUAUUUUUUUCUACUGUUGUUUAAAUAAAGGGGGUGGUGUAGCUUUGUUUGCAUUCAGCUAUAACUGUUGGUCUGGGUGUGGGUGUGAUAUUACAUCCCAGUGUUAACUUUGUUUAAAUUUUAUCAGCGGUCUGGAAUGAUUCACCUUAAAAUAUUGAAGAAAAAAAGUAUGCAAGACUGUGUGCUUUUAUUAAUAAUAAUAAUAAUAAUAAUAAUAAUAGUUAAGUUUUUUAUAGUUAAAAAAUGGUGAUCACUGUAUUCUCCUAAAUCAGAUGAUGAGCUUGGUAAAUAUGAAUAUUUAAUACACGCAAACUGAAUGACUGAUGUAAUUAUUUCCUGAUCACACUGCAACGAUGUUGUUCAAUACCUAGUUUUUAGAAUCCAUCUACAAUUAGCAACAGUUACCAAGACAACCAUUGCUAGGACAACAUGCAGUUGUAUACAGUGCCAAGUGUUUACUGAACCUUGUCCAGCAACUUUUGUACCACAAAGUAGAAAUAUCUGGGAGGAAAACACCUUGAUUGGUAAUGUUUUUCAAUGGACCUGUCAAUCGUCUUCAGGAUCAAUGAAGAACUCUCUUGAGUGCCGACAUCUGCAAGAUUCUGUGCUUUGUAAAAGUGUAAUUAAAGUUCUGCAAAGAUGCAUUUAACCCUGAAAGCCCUGCAAAGAGUUUUAGUCUGCUGCUGAUACACAAGUCACUGCAGUCAACACAAGUGGGGUUUUCCAAAGCAGCUGCCAAGUCCAAAAUCCAUCUUCUAUGAGGAGGAUGUACAGGAAGAGAUUGAACUAGAGGAGUCAAACAGUGAGCCGGGCAUCAUGCAGCUGAAACAUGGAGACCAAACAGAGCCAAGUGAAGCCAAGCCAGAGAACAGUAAGGACUUGCAGGAUGCUCCCAGGACUGGAUCAAAGGUCCACAGUGAGGGAGAGAUUGAUAUCGACUCCCCAAGCACAGAGAGUGCAGGGGUGUGCACUUCACCAAACGAGAGGGAGGUCAGUGCACUGGACAACCAAGCUCAGGAAACCGGCCAGCCAGAUGCCAAGCCAGAAACCAAAAGUAAAAAUAUUUUGAACCCUCGUAAAACAGAAACAAAGACGAAUACCAGUGAAAACCCAAAGACGGCCAGGGCCACCGUGAGGAAAAUGAAGAAGAAGAAGAAGAAGAAGGCGGAGUGCAGAGGUCAAGGGGAAGAGCAGGAGCAGCAGUGUGCUUCAGGACCAGCAGCUGAGGAAGCCCCCGACGGCCUCGUAAUCGAGUCUCCCGACUGUGGGAAAGAAGAAGGCCUCAGCAAAUUGAGUUUUAAAAGAAGCUCAGAGUCUGACAAAAAACAGGACCCCAAAGGACCCGGGCCUUUCUUUUAUAUAGGAGGAGGAAACGGGGGCGCCCUUGUGGGUGCCUACUGUUUGAGUAAAGGCUGGCAGCGCAUCAACAACAAGAACAGAGAGGAUUAUAAACUGAAAUGGUGCGAGACCAAAUCCUAUGCCACGUACAUCAACUUUCGCCAAGGCGAGCAGCUUGUUUACCAAAUCCCCAAUAACAAGGUCCUGACCACCAAGAUAGGCCUCCUGAGCAGCCUGAGGGAGUAUGAGCGGGUUGUCACCAAGAUCCAGCUGGGCAGAGCUUCAAAGCUAUUAAAACAGGAAGAUUUCUUUCCUGACACAUUCCGCAUGGAUGUAAAGGAAGAAAGGGAAGCUUUCUUUGCGCUGUAUGAAGAGAGACAGGUCUGGAUUUGUAAGCCCACAGGUCUGAAUCAAGGUCGCGGGAUCUUCCUACUGAAGACAGCUGAAGAUAUGGAAGACUUUCGCUCCAGGCUGCAGAACAUUGAAGAGAACCCACUUUACAAAAAGAUACCUUUCAAAUCGCCUCAGGCCAGAAUAGUUAACAGGUAUGUUCAAAACCCUCUGCUCCUAGAAGGAAAGAAGUUUGACGUCCGUUCCUACUUCCUCAUUGCCAGCACAGUGCCUUACAUGGUAUUCUUCCGCCAUGGUUACGUCAGAUUGACCUGUGAAUCUUAUGACCCCAACUCCAAUGACCUCACAGCACACUUAACCAAUCAGUACAUGCAGAAGAAGAAUCCGCUCUAUAAUGAUCUGAAGGAAGAGACAGUCUGGUCCAUGGAGCGCUUCAACGACUAUGUUAAUGAGAAGUCUAGAGCUGCCAAAGGGCUCCCUGAGGACUGGGUCUGCACUGUUUUUGCAACACGAAUGCAGCAGAUUAUGAUGCAGUGCUUCCUCGCAGUCAAAUCCAAGCUGGAGUGUAAACUGGGCUACUUCGACCUCAUUGGUUGCGACUUUUUGAUCGAUGAAGACUUUAAGGUAUGGCUCCUGGAGAUGAACUGUAACCCUGCUCUACACACAAACUGUGAGGUUCUGAAGGAGGUCAUUCCUAGUGUUGUCAAUGAAACCUUAGAUCUAGCCUUUGAGAUUUUUAACAAGUACCGGAAAGGUCGAAGUAUCAUGCCCUUGGAUGCUCAGAAGGACUUUACCUUGUUAUACAACGGGGAACUCAACGACCUACUUGUGAAGCCAAUGAGGAGCAGAGCAGCUGGGGCAAACUUUCAAACUGCAAUGCGGCCCAAGAGCGCUACUCAGACCAGUCCGUCCCCUCCCAAACCAUCCGAGCAAAAGCAGAGGCAGGCAGGACCUUUCACAGCCAAGGUGUCCAUCAGUGCAGCGAGCCAGCCUCUUCAAAGACCAGCACAGGAGGAGGGCACAGAGACACCAAACAACCCCUCUCCAAGCUCAGUUAAGCCGAAAAACAAGGCGGAAUUAAAGCCAAGUAAAAGCACCUUAUCUCGUAGCAAUGACCCCAAUUCAUCAGAUCUCGGAAAUCUUACUUCCCCAAUCUUAGGCAAAGAGGAAGACAAAGUGACCACUGUUUCGAUGCCAGUCCUGUCAGAAAGGUCUUUCACCUCUUCACACCCAGGAUCCUUUUCCACAGAGAAGUCUCCUGCAUCCACCAGCAGGAGCUACAGUUAUUUUUGUUUAGGCAGCGCCCAGGUUACAGCAGUAAAACUCCAGCCCAGGGUUCCUGCAGCAAAGUUUUUGAACAAAGAGGAGAUAAUGGCAGCUGACCCUGCAGAAGACCACCAAAGGGCUUCAGAGGAAGAUCCCAAACCAGGAAAGGAAGUGCCCAACCGAGGGGCUUGAUCUUCCUUACUGAGGGCGGAAGGAAUUUGUGCAACAAAUUGGUGUUUCAGAUGUGAUUUAAUUAUAUAACAUGUGAAACGCAAACUGUAUAAUUCUGUUGUCAUUUGUUCACGGUGCUUCCUAAUUAUUAUUUAUAUAUUUUUGUUUAAAUUACAUGUACAUAUUUAAAUAUAGUAGAUAUUUGAAAUAAAUAAAAAUAAACAUUUUGA